GAGCGGAUGUGCGGCCGAGCAGCAGCGGGGACUGGCUACUCGGCAAGCAAACAUGGCGCCCGCAGCCCUGUCCGCUCCCGUCCUUCGCAUCUCUCCCAACUCGCACUCGGCCGCCGCGGCGGCGUUCGCCGGCGGUCUCCGCUUUGCCAAGACGACUGCCUAUCUGCCCGCUGGCGUCCAUUCCGGCAAAGCUGUGCUGCGAUCGAACGAGCUGUUGAGGGCGGCGGGACAGAGGAGGCCUUCCGCGUUGAGAAGCAGCUUGGACGACUCGAGUCCCACGGAUGACAAGAAGGAGUUCGGGUACUCGAGGAAAGACGUGCUGCUCAUCGGCGUCGGCGUCACCCUCCUCGGCUACGGCCUCAAAUACGGGCUGGAGCUCGUCGGCGUCGACCCCUUGCAAGCCGGCAACGUCGUCCAGCUGGUCAUCGUGCUCGGGAUGACGGUGGGGUGGAUCUCCACGUACAUGAUCCGGGUGGCCAACAAGGACAUGACCUACGCCAAGCAGCUCAGGACUUACGAGAGUCAAGUCAUGGAGAAACGAUUGGAGAGCCUGUCGGAGGCUGACCUGCAGGUUCUGCUGGAGCAAGUGGAGGAGGAGAAGGAACGCCUGCCGGUGAGGGAUCAGGGUAUCAUCAUCAAUAGGAAGACGGAGGAUCAGAUUAGUACCAACUAGCUAGAAACCUAGAGCCCCCUUGAUUGUACUGUUAGGAGUAGCUUGAAUCAAUGGCGUGUCUUAUAUAUCUCUUUCUUAAGAAUCUGUAGUACAAUACUAAUGCUUGUAGCAGCGAGUUAAAUAUACACAGUUCUCUAUAUUGAUGAAUGGUCACCAAAGUUUCCCUGGA